GUUAACCAGAGACCACAUCUACAGGUCUCGCUUGUCUGCACUUUCACUAUUUUGUCAAGAAUGGAUGCUAUGACCAUCGAUCACGCGAUCUAUGACCUUGGGUUCACUCCAGGCUCAACAGAUUGUCUUGGUGACUAUCGCGAGCUUCACGGUUCUGUGUUGGGAUCACAUAAUUACUUUCGAGGACGAGGUAGAUUUGAUCUGGUGUAAACCCAAAGGGUUUGUUGUGUAUCUAUUUCUGCUGGUACGUGAGCCUCCGUCUGACGCUUCCGAAAAUACAUUUUACUUCAAUUUCAAGAAUCGAUAUGUCACGCCUCUGGGGUUUGUCAUCAACAUUGUUGGUGAGCUCUCUUCUCGUAUUAUAGGUCACUCUUCGUUGAAAUAUAUUGUCAGCGUUGACCCUCCCCACUUGGUCUACAGAGGGUGCAGACCUGCUACUAGAAUACCGGCCCGGGGUCUCACGAUACCGGGUCUCCUCUUUUUAGUCUGGGUUGCACUUGAGGCGUAUGCCAUGGCUCGUGGAGAAAUGGUUUCCAUUACUCAACAAGUACACUCCUGCCGUGAGAUUCAUGACUUUCCGCUGACACUCUCUGCUGCUCGGGCAUGGAUACCUUUGGCAUAUGACUCAGCCCUCUUUACCAUGACCCUAUGGAUCACUGUGCCCCUCAUCCGGAGUAAAGGAGCUGGGCUCAGACUGCUAUACGAAGGUGCAUUGUACUAUCCUGUCAUUUUCUCUGCCAACCUAGUACUGACUGUGAUGAUCGUACGAGCGCCCCCGGGUCAGAAAGGUGUUGCUGCUCAAUCAGUGUACUUGUUAACAGUUGUAAUGACGUCGCGCGUCACACUAAAUCUUAAAAAGCAAAUGGGGUCACCGGUAGUUUAUACCUCCGGUGACCAAACCCGAAAUUACUCCAUGCACUCUCCUACUCUGUCGAAGUCUGCAGCCUCACUUGAACCCCGGCAAACGCCAAAUCUACAGCUUCAAUCACAACACUUGACAGUUAUCUCAUGCCCCCCUAUGUCAGUCGUCUCAAUGGACGCUGAUCUCAUGGACGAUACCCAAUCUUUAGAAGAUAGACUACAGAAUAGGACUUAUGCUGAUGUAGAGUCGCAGUGA